UAGGCCUUGUGUGCAGGGCCUUCCUAACAACACAUCACAAUAAUUAGAAGAAUUUGUCCGACUGUUUGUGAGAAAGGUCAAUUGAGAAACUGGAAUAUUUAGGAAGUAGAAAGGCAGUUGUUUAUCUAUUUAAAUUUGUUCAAAGACGUGGUUUCCUGUUUGUGUGACGUCACUUCCGCCUGAACGCGGUUCGUGUCCGGGUCUCGUCCCAGAUGAGCGCACUGUAGAGGACCUCGUCGUCGGGAUCACGAUGGCUGUGUCUAUGAGCUCAACAUGUCCAGGCACCUACUGUGGCAGGAUGAUGGUCAACGGAUCCGUGGAGGGAGAGUGUGGUGUCUGUCCUCGCGGAGAGCGGGCCAACCUCCAGAAUGUGUGUGAACGCUGCACUGAGUCCCCUGAGCUUUACGACUGGCUCUAUCUGGGCUUCAUGGCCAUGCUACCCCUGGUGCUGCACUGGUUCUUCAUCGAGUGGUACUCCGGGAAGAAGAGCUCCAGUGCUCUGCUGCAGCACAUCACAGCCAUGUUGGAGUGCGGCGUGUCGUCCCUGGUCACCUUGCUGGUCACCGAGCCAGUGGGAAAGCUCAGCAUCCAGUCGUGUCGAGUCCAGAUGCUGUCGGACUGGUACACCAUGCUGUACAACCCGAGUCCAGACUACAUCAACACACUGCACUGCACCCAGGAGGCCGUCUACCCGCUCUACACCAUAGUGUUGAUCUACUACGCAUUCUGCCUGGUGCUGAUGAUGAUGCUGCGUCCUCUGUUGGUGAAGAAGAUAGCAUGUGGUCUGGGCAAGUCUGACCGCUUUAAGAGCAUUUACGCCGCUCUGUACUUCUUCCCCAUCCUCACCGUGCUGCAGGCCGUGGGAGGAGGGCUGCUCUACUACGCGUUCCCCUACAUCAUACUGGUCCUGUCUCUGGUCACACUGGCUGUUUACAUGUCUGCCUCUGAGAUACAGUCUUUUAAGAACCUGAUUGCCAAGAAGAAGCGUCUGGUGGUCCUGUUCAGCCACUGGCUGCUCCACGCGUACGGCAUCGUCUCCAUCUCCCGACUGGACAAGCUGGAGCAGGACCUGCCGCUGCUGGCCCUCGUGCCGGGCCCCGCCCUCUUCUACAUAGCCACGGCCAAGUUCACCGAGCCCAGCCGCAUCCUGUCCGAGGGAGGCAGCGGACACUGAGGAACCCCAACGGCGUUCCGUUUUUUUUACAGAUGGUUACAGUCCAAACGGUCAACUUCUAGCAGGGCGCCAUCGGUACACUCACAGAAUGGUGUUACUGAACGUUGGGGGGGGGAAACAACUUCAUGAUCAUCGUCCAACGCAGCAUGCUGUGCAAGUAUAUGAACCGUUAAAGUGGAUGUUAUUCCUUUCAUGAGUUCUAAACGGAACAGAUGGCCUCUGAUCUGUUCCCGGAUCUGAAUGUCGUUUUUAUGUCGGUAGUUUAUUAUACAAAUCGUCCUGAAAACUGUCUCUGCACUCUCUUGUUGGCACAAGACAGCUUCUCUCGUUACUUCCUGUUGUAUCCUGACACCUCCAUGUGUGUGAAGAGCCGUGUGCAGGCAACCCCUGCUAAAUAGGCUGCUGCAGCCGAGGGCCAAUCGUAUCUAAUCAAAGAACGCUUGCAGUGAUUUGCUGCGGGCAAAGAACGCACAAUUAAUCAGUCUUUCUAGAUCUGGAUACAAAAAAAGCCCAAAUGCAGGUAUCGUUUGACUGAAUAAGUUUGAUACCACUUCGUUCUGGGUUGUUUUGGUCCUGUCAUACCUAGUUCUGCUCUGUGUUCUGGAAUUUCAUAUCCUUAAUUCUCAUCUUACCUGCCUGUCUUGUAUUUAUUUUAAAUUAUCCUAAAGUUUAGUUUAGUUGCCCAUCAUGUACAUUUCUUGUAAAUACAGUAAAAGUGUUGACGGUGCCUCAGGGCGGAGGGGAGGAGGUUCACUGGGCUUCAUGUGUGUCCAGGGUUUGUGCCUCUCAUCUACAUUGAGAGAGAAAUCCCCCGAAAUCUUAGAAUAAUUAACUCCUGAAGGUAUUUAGACAAAGAUGCCUUGAACCAUCUGGAUGAAUAUAGAUUCAGCUCGCUGGAUGAUGAAAAAGAUUUUUAACCAACUAACAGUGCAAAUGUUUUUCAACUUUAUUCAAUAUCCCAGCUGGAAAUGACCCAUGACCUUGAUUGAUUUGUCAAGUUUUGGGUUUGUCUUUAUUAAUCUCUCUCUAUUUUAAUACACAAUGACAUGCUCAUAUUUUUCUUGUGUUGUAAAAAACAAGACGAGAUGUAUGAGAGGCACAAACUCAAGUGAGGGCACACCUGUGUCACUGCUGUGUUUUACUCCACUUAAUUGCGUACUAAAGAUAAAAUAACUGAUAUUUUCAUGUGUAUGUGAUGCUGUUAGUUGUAAUCCUUCAAAUAUCCUUUUGUAGGUUGUUGACUUGAAGCAGCUAGUGCACUCUGUCAUGUAUAUUAUUGUAAAUAUGCUCUAUAGGAUUCUUUACGUGCACACACACACACACACACACACACACACACACGCUCAGUGAUCAAUGAUUCUGUUGGUGUACCUGUGUGUGUGAUGUCAUGUAUGUGUUGAGUGAACCCUGACAGGAUGAGCUCUACCCUCAACUAUUCAUUUAUGUCAUCUUUAUGAGUCUUACACGUGUACCUGCUGGCAGUCAAACAAACGUUUCACAGAGUAGAUAGUGUGCCAGAUGUGAACACACUCAGUGUAGUGGAGCCACCUCGUUAACAUCUGCUUAUUUGCCCCUCUCUGAUAAAGUUGUAAUUUUUUUUUGUACCAAAGACAUCAUUUCAAAAAUAAACGUUGGACAGAAAUGUGUUUUUGUUUGAUUUCUUGCUUUGUUUGCAGUGUGUUAUGAGACCGUUCCAAAUAAAACU